AUGGCAUCAAUAGCAACGUACCAUGUGGAAGACCCGAUGGCACCGCUCGCAAUGAAAGAGCUGUCAGCGCCGCAGCACGGUAGUCCAGCGACCGGUGAAGCGAUACGCCUCGCAGCAAGAUCAGGGGCGUAUACAACGCCGACGUCGGGGAUCGCAGCCACCUAUGUCCAGGCCAAUCUAAUAGUGUUGCCGAACCGAUAUGCGUCGGAUUUUCGCUUGUUGUGCAAGAGGAAUCCAGUUCCCUGUCCACUACUGGCGGAAUCACGGACAGUGGGGAGUUGGGAGCAGCUGACGUCCAACAUUCCGGGUGUCGGUGGCGAGCGACUAGCUAAUGACCUUGAUCUUCGCAGAGACAUCCCUCGGUACAUGGUCUACCAGGACGGCACGCAGGUGAGAUCACAUUGCGCGGAUGUAUGCAAGGACUGGUCUGAGGAUCACUCGGCGUUCCUUAUCGGUUGCUCCUUCAGCUUUGAAGCCGCUCUUGCAGAUGCAGGACUGGUACCAGCUCACAUGGCAUAUAAUCGCAAUGUUCCAAUGUACGCGACCACGAUACCGCUUUGCUCGGCUGGCGUGUUCAAACAGUCAACCUAUGUGGUAUCAAUGCGUUUCUAUCGACGCAAGGAUGUCGAGCGCGUGCGGGACAUAACGCGACCUUACGUUGCUACGCAUGGCGAGCCGCUCGACUGGGACUGGUGUGCCUUAGAGCGACUCGGCAUACAAGAUCUCGACAAACCGGAAUAUGGAGAUUCCCCAGUCGGAUCGGAUGGAUUGCCUGUUAGACGGUCGGCGCAAAGUUUUUCGAAUGAUGGAGAUGAUCUAGUGCCUGUCUUCUGGGGCUGUGGUGUCACGCCUCAACAGGCUGUGAUGCAAAGUGGUCUAAAAGGCACAGUCAUUGGUCAUGCUCCUGGCCAUAUGCUCGUUCUCGAUCUAAGAGAUUGGGACAUCUUAGCUUCCUGA